AUGAACGCCGGAUAUAAAUUGUGGGCGCUCGCGACGGUAUUGGCGAGCGCAUCAUCAGUCGCAGCACAGUCGUCGCCCGGCCCGGUGACAUCAGCCCGAGACAGCGGCCUGUACGUGCAAAAGGCCUGUGACCAUCCUAUCUACUGCACUGGGCCUAUCCUUGACAAGGUGCAGCGGUCGGGAAUUUUUGACGAGGACAAGACAUUUGAGAUUGUGGCCGCCUUCAGCGCCUUGCCCGCCAAUGUGACCAAGGCCGAGCUGUCCCGCUUUGUCGACGACCACUUCGCACCUGCGGGCUCCGAUAUCGAGGAGGCCGAGCUGCCAGACUGGACCGAAACCCCACCGUUCUUGGACGGCGUCACAGACCCUGUGUUGCGCGGCUACGGAAUGCAGCUGCACAACCAGUGGAAAAAGCUGGCCCGCAAAGCAAAAACUGUGCAGCAGUGCGACGGAUGUGAGACGUCGCUGCUCCACCUGAACAAUACGUUCUUUGUCUCGGGCAGCACUAUCUCGCGCGAGUUCCGUUACUGGGAUACCUACUAUGUCGAGCUGGGACUGCUCGAGUCCGGGCUAUACACCACAACCAAGGGCAUGCUGCAGAACCUUCUCGACAUGGUCUACUACCACGGGUUUGUGCCCACCGGCGGCCGCCUCUAUUUCACGGACCGCUCCGAGCCCCCGCUGCUGGCACUGAUGAUCAAGACAUACUACGAGGCCACCAAGGACUUCGAGUUUGUCAAGGCUGCGCUGCCGCUGCUAAAGAAGGAGCACACCUUCUGGGAGACGUACCGCGGCGUCAACGUCACGUACACCCGCAAUGCUACAGUCUCGCUCGGCAAGCGCCAGUCCAGCGGAUUCCAGCUCGCCACAACACUUCUGUCGACAUUCGGUCCAGUGCUGAGCAGUCAGGCGCUGCCUACUGGCAAUGGCCAGAACAGCCUGUCCUCCUUCACUCCGAGACCAGAGACGUACACCCAGGACCUCACGCUGGCCACGCAGCUGGAGACCUCGGUCCAGCUGAGCAAAAUGGCGCUGACGUCGUCUGAUCUGCUGGCUGCAUCCGAGGCUGGCACCGUGCCCAGUGUGCAGUAUGUUAGCCCUGUCGACGUCACAGUCUUCCCGCAGCUCUCAAAGAUGGCCCUGCGCCGCCGAGCGGCAACUAUCGGCGACCUGGUCAACCCAUUCGCCAAGUACAACUCGACACAGCUCAAUAUCCUGGGUUCGGUUGCUGUCAACGACACCAUCGCUGUCAACCUGAACUCGAUCUUGUAUCAGGCUGAGCUGAUCAUUGCCGAUUUCGAGGAGCUGGUCUAUAAGAACGUCACCGCUGACUGCAAGGCAUACCGCCUGCGCGCCGAGCAGCGCCGCCAGGCACUGUUCGACCUGACGUAUAACGAGAAGACCGGCUUCUUCAACGACUUCCAUCUGGAGGCAAACAAGAGGACGGACAUCUGGUCUCUGAGCGCGCUGUGGCCGUAUUGGGCCUUUGGCGACAAGAUGCCAGCUGCCGGUGCCAAGCUCGCGCUGACGGCGGUCUCGAACCUGUACGAUCGCUAUCCGAACGGCCUGCCCAACACGCUGUUCAACACCAGCCAGGCGUGGGACUACCCGCAUGUGAACCCACCCAUGCAGCAGAUGCUGGUCAAGUCGGCCGAGACUGUCGAGAAGCACUUGGGUAUUAGCGACGAACUCUCGACCAAGCUCAAGGGCAUCUCAACCCGCGUUGUGCAGGGCACGAUCGACCAGGCGUUCUGCGACUGGUAUGCCAACGGUGGCUCUAUCAACGGUGUGCUGGAUCAGAACUCGGUCGGCUCAUCUGCCAAUGCCAACAGCAGCUACCAGAUUAACGCUGAUGGCAGCUUGUCGUCGGUCAGCAACGCGGACAUUAACCCGAUGCGGACCAACGGCAUCGCAAUGUGGCUGUUUGCUUCGUACAGCAGCAAGAUUGAGAUCCCCAAGUGCCCUGACCUCGAGCUCAAGGUCGUCACUCCACCGACCACUGCUGCGCCUACCCCCCAGCCUACCCCUCAGCCUACUCUUGAGCCUACCCCUCAGCCCACUCUUGAGCCUACCCCUCACCUACCCUUGAACCCCGACCUCGACCUCGACCCCGACCCCGACCCCGACCCCGACUCCAAUUCCGACUCUGACUCCGACUCCGACUCCGACUCCGACUCCGACUCCAAGUGCGACACCCACGAGUGCUCCGACUUCUUCGGCCCCACCCAAAUCGACCGUCGUGCCAUUGUUCGGCGUCGCAAGCGCACUGGCCCCGUCCGCAAGUAA